AUGGACGCCUUAUGGACAACCACUUAGCUGCUUGCGGAACAUUUUAACAACAUUUAUCAUUUAGAAAUGAAUUUUUAUGCAUGCAUUUGCGCAAAAGUCGACAGUUGUGUUUUUCUGUUAUAUUCAGCCACCUGAAAGAUGGUCAGUUUCGUAUUAUUUUGUCAAAGAAGGAUAAUGCUUUCCCCCCGGGUGUGCGGCUGCUGACGCGGCCGGAGUCCCCGGGCGGCGGCCACCACCACGCGGGUUGCGGGACAAGAUCCGCCGAGAUGACGGAGGUCGAGGAGCUGCGGCCCGUCCCGAAGGAGCGGGCCAUCCUGGAGAGCUUCUUCACGCAGCUCGGCAUGUUUUCCUUCGACCGGGCGAAGGACUACGUGGAGAAGGAGAAGGACGCCAGCAAGAGCUGCGGAGCCAUCUGGAACGCGCUGCUGGCCGCGCUGGCGCACCUGGCCGCGGCGGAGAAGGUGUACCACACCCUCACCUUCCUGGGCCAGAAGAUAGGUGGUCAGUCGUUUUUCAGUCGGAAAGACUCCAUUCGCACCGUGUACACCUCCCUGUACAACGAGCUCAGGAAGGUGGUGACGAUGGGCCGCCACAGCCAGCCCGGGUCCUCCACCUCCUACCUGGAGGACCUGCUGUCUCACCUGUCGGAGCAGCUCUGCCACUUCACCCAAGCCCGCAUGGAAAUGGCCGACCUCUACGAGAAGCUGCACUCACUGGGAAGCCAGAAGAGCAUCAACUCGGAAGAGCUGGUCGCCACACUGGAGGCCAUCCUGCACAAGUACAGCUCAAAGUUCCACCAUCCCAUCUUGGGCCGUGUGGAGGAGAGCUUUCAGACAGAGGUGGACGUGGUGACCCAGCUGCUGCGCUGCCAGGCCCAGGUGUCCGAGUGGCACUUCCUGCCGGCUCUGCUCAGCCUGCACGGUGCCCAUUCCAAGCUCACCGCUUGGGGUCAGCUCUUUCAGCGGCAGAAAGAGACUCGCAAACAUCUGUUCGGGGGUCAGUCCCAAAAGACCGUGCAGCCCCCUCACCUUUACACCUGGCUGCAGCGCUUCCAGGCAACGCUGCUCGCCAAGUUCAGCUUCUACUUCCACGAGGCUCUGAGCCGGCAGACGACGCCGCCCGACAUGAAAGCUCUGACGGCGCGCACCAUGCCGGACUAUCACGGAAAGAUCUCCACCUUCAUUCGGAAACACGACGCCAGCAACGUGUCGCUGGUGUUUGACAACCGCGGCUCGGAAAGCUUCCAGGGCCACGGCUACCACCACCCACACUCGUACAGAGAGGCACCGAAGGGGGUGGAGCAGUUUCCCGCUGUGGUGUCACUGCCAUCAGGAGAACGGCCACUCACACACUGGCCAAAUGUCAUCAUGAUGAUGGGGGACCGCGCGGCCGAGCUCAACACCCUCGACAAGGUGGUGCAUUUCUACGACGAUAAAGUCCAGAGCACCUACUACCUGACGCGGCCCGAGCCGCAUUUCACUCUGGUCGUCAUUUUUGACGGGAGGAAGUCGGAGAAAGACCUGCACAUCGCUGCCUUCUUGCAAGAGAUCUCCAGCUCGCUUCGAAACUCCAAACCCUUCAGUACCCUCAAACCAGGGUCCAAGGGCUGAGCUACAGCUCAUUAACAAGGAACACACUGGAAAUCAUAUAUUUUACAACUAAUCCCAAUCUUUGUUUGUUUCGCUGCAACUACUAGCUUGAUUAAGAAAAUCUUUGAGUUUCUUUAAAUCAAAUUUUUUACAAAAAAAAAGAAAAAAAAUCCAUAAAAAAGGGAUUUCAACCUUUCUGUGAAUUAAUUUUAAACUAAUUCUUCACAGCAUUACAAACAUAAUGCUGCUGGUGCUGAAAGCCCAUGUGAAGUUGGUUUUAAUUAUUUUGUGCAAUUUACUGUUUUAAGAGCUUAUUUUUUGUGAGAUGAUUGUACAUCAUGCAUGUGAUGGACUCAAGUUUUUCUUUUAAGAGGUGGUGCUUUAACUUACUCUUGUACAUACAGAGAUGUAUUCAUAUACUGUAUGUAUGUGUAUCUAUAAACAUACAGUGAGAGCAUCUUUGUAGCAUUUACUUACUGAUGUACACAUCUAAACUAUUUGAAUAUCCCAGGAUUUAAUUACUGGUAUUCAUAUGAAUGGCGAUGUGUUGGAGAUGCACGACAAAAGGAAAUAGGUUCACUUAUUGUGAAAUACUUUAACACUGUAUGCGUUAUCGGGUUUAGCAUACAUGUUACGGUACAGUUGAACUGUGAUGCACUCACUUGUCCAAGUGUUUCACAUUCCAACAAACAAGCUGCAGCGCAACUGAAUGUUGAUGCAUGCCCUUCCUGACCAAUACUUAAGUGUAGUACAAUAGUGAUGCAUUCACUGACUGUUGGACUUCUGCUUUGCAUUCAGGCAGUGAGACCAUCAGUUGCUUCCAGAUGCGUUCACUUACUGACGUCCAUUCCAGCAAUGGUGCAUUUACAUGAUCGGAUACUGGAGUUCACUGAGGUGCAUAUUAAAAUACAUUUGAGCUGUGAUGCAUUCACUUACUGUUGUACAUAUUGUAUUGAUUUUAAACAGUGCUUUAAAAAAAACCCAGGAAAGAUUCAUUCACUUACAUCCCAUGAUACUGGUUUAAACCACUGUUUUUAAAUGUGGUGUUUGAAUAAAGUUGAUUUGACUGGACUACUGUGGGUCACAGUAAAGGUAUUUGAACAGGGAUGCUUUCUCUGACUGAAAUACAUAUUUAAGAAGAUAUGCCUUUCUUUCCCUCCAAAGAUUGCUUGAGAAAACUUGAUUUCACUUCUCUUUUCAUAAGUCUGCCUCUUUAGAAAUCAUUCUUACAGCUCUGUUACCUGCUCCAUCUCUGCUGGAGGUAAAGAUGGAGCAGCUGGAUAUUUCUGCUCUCAUCUGGCUCUACGAUGUCCAAAUACCCUGCAAAUCUGACCAGUCAGAGAUCUGAUUUGGUAUUCAUUUCACAUAUUAUUCAAAUAAAUGUUCUUUGAGAAUUUU